CCACUUUCCAGUUGGUCAGGCUAGGAGAUCAGUUUGCUGAAACGGUCUGUGAAACCAGAUUAAACCAGCCCUUGCUCGGUUUAAGUUUUUAUUUCAGGAAUGCUGUGGCUCUUGGAUAAUUUCCCCGCGUUUUCUAUGGGUUCGAGUGGACAACACACGCACCAUGGUUCAUCCACACAGCCUGUGUCCGUGUGUGUGAGAACAAACCACUGUGAUUUAUACACCCCUCUGCCUGCUCCCCGUGCCCCUCCCUCUCGCCCCGUCUAGUCCCUUGUUCUUCGUGUUCUCCCUCUUUCUUCGCUCUUCCCCCAGUCUCCCUCACUCUCCUCCCGUGAUCCGCUUCACUCCGCCGCGCGGGUUUCACUGAGCGCCGCUGGAAACAAUGGGAGCGGAGCCGCGUUGUGCCGGACAGAGACUGACGCGCUCCUCUCUGUGUAUUUAGGACUUUCUGCUGAUAGACUCAUAUAAUCAGGAUCUCAUUAUCAAGCUUUAACACAAUGGGCUGCUGCAGCGGACGGUGCACCCUUAUAUUUCUGUGCACGUUUCAGUUGAUGGUGGCAUUAGAAAGGCAGGUGUUUGAUUUCUUGGGCUACCAAUGGGCACCUAUCCUUGCAAACUUCUUCCACAUCCUGGUUGUUAUCCUGGGCCUUUUCGGCACCAUUCAAUACAGACCUCGCUAUAUUGUGGUGUAUACUGUGUGGACAGCGCUGUGGGUGGCCUGGAAUGUCUUUAUCGUUUGCUUCUACCUGGAGUUGAGAGGUCUAUCAAAGGACAGCGAUCUCUUGACCUUUAACAUCUCGGCACACCACUCCUGGUGGAGCGAGCACGGGCCAGGCUGUGUCCGAAGAGAGAUCCCCGCCAGCGGAGACCGCAGUGCAGACGCACAGUCCUAUAUAUCCAUCAUGGGCUGCCUGCUGGAGUACCAGUACAUAGAGGUCCUGCACAGCAGCUUCCAAAUCCUAAUCUCUGAAAUCAUUGGCUGUCUCUCUACACUUAACCAGUCCUUUAAAACUACAGCAGUGUAAAGUGUAGCCUGCACACACUGAGUCCUGAAGCCCUGCUGUUGUGCUGA